AUGUCUCCUGCACUUUCUAUACAGUCCAUGUUCAAGGACAUGGGGCUGUAUGCGAGCCAAGCCCACACCUCCAUCACUCACGUGUGCACUGGCGGCAGCCCUGUGCAGCUCAUCCAUGCGAAGGCAGUGGGCAAGGGAACUGAAUCACGACAGUUGAGUGGAGCGCUGGAUGUGGAGUUUGAGUGGUUAAAGCUUUUGGACACGCCCAGGGACCAGAUCUGA